CGGGCGGGCGCGGCCAUGGGCUCCGCGGCGCUGCUGCUGGUGCUUGCGGCGCUGGCCGUGCCGCUGGCGGCGGCAUCGGUGGCGGCGGGCGGCCCGGAGGGGCUCAGCCUGCGGGGGAGCUGGCGGCUGCGCAGCGGGAACGGGUCGGUGUCGAUCCGAGCCGAGGUGCCGGGCUGCGUCCACACCGCGCUGCUCCGCCGCGGCCUCAUCCAGGAUCCGUACUAUAGAUUCAAUGAUGUGAUGUACAGGUGGAUCUCACUAGAUAACUGGACUUACAGCAGGACAUUUAAAACUCCUUUUGACGUCAGAAAGUGGCAGAAAGUGAAUUUGGUUUUCGAGGGAGUAGAUACAGUAGCACAGAUCCUGCUCAACAAUGUCACUGUGGGGAGAACAGACAACAUGUUUAACAGAUAUAGCUUUGAUAUCACCAGCGUGAUCAAGGAGGUCAAUUUUGUUGAAGUCCGUUUCUUGUCGGCCGUUUCCUAUGCAGCAGAGCAGAACAGGUGUCACAAAGCUUACAGCAUCCCCCCAGCCUGCCCUCCACUUGAGCAGAAAGGAGAGUGCCAUGUCAAUUUUAUCAGAAAGGAGCAGUGUUCAUUUAGUUGGGACUGGGGCCCUUCUUUUCCCACUCAAGGAAUCUGGAAAGAUGUUAGGAUUGAGGCCUAUAACUAUUACCACCUGAUUUACUUUUCUGUAACUCCUUUCUUUGUAAAGAGUGCACAGCAGUGGUGUCUUGAAAUUGAGUCUAUUUUUGAUGUAGUCAGCUCUAAGCCAAUUGCAGGUCGUGUGACAGUGAACAUUCCAAAAUUGCAAACACAGCAAACAUUCAGUGUGAAGCUUCAACCUGGAGAAGGCAGCAUUGUGCUGCUUGUAAACAUCAACAAGACUUCUGCAGUAGAGGCUUGGUGGCCAAAUGGACAUGGAAAGCAAACUGGAUACAACAUGAAAACAACUUUUAUCAUGGAGGCAGGAUACCAGAUUGAGAAAUUUUCAAAGGCUUAUUUUCGGACAGUAGAACUUAUUCAGGAGCCUAUUCCUGGCUCACCAGGCCUGAGUUUCUACUUCAGAAUCAAUGGCCGACCCAUUUUUCUGAAGGGCUCGAACUGGAUUCCUGCAGAUUCUUUCCAGGACAGGGUGACCUAUGACACAUUAAGGCUACUCUUGAAGUCUGCAGCAGAUGCUAACAUGAAUGCACUUCGGGUUUGGGGAGGAGGAGUAUAUGAACAAGAUGAAUUUUACGAUAUUUGUGAUGAAAUAGGACUAAUGAUUUGGCAGGAUUUUAUGUUUGCCUGUGCACUUUAUCCAACUGACCAGGAUUAUUUAGCAUCUGUGAGAGCAGAAGUUCUUCAUCAGGUACGACGUUUAAAAUCUCAUCCAUCAAUUAUUCUUUGGAGUGGUAACAAUGAAAAUGAAGCAGCAAUUUCAAAGAACUGGUUCUAUAUACCUCGUGCCCAAAGAGAAAUCUAUAUCAGAGACUACCUGAUGCUUUAUGUGAAGAACAUACGAGAGACAGUUCUUAGUGAAGAUAGGAGUCGUCCUUUUAUUGCAUCCAGUCCCACAAAUGGCUUGGAGUCAGUUAAAGAAGGUUGGAUCUCCCAGAAUCCUUAUGAUACCCAUUAUGGUGACACUCACUUUUAUGACUACAACAAGGACUGCUGGAACUGGACAGUGUAUCCUAAAACUCGUUUUGCUUCAGAAUAUGGGUUCCAGUCCUGGCCUUCCUUCAGUACAAUCGAGAAGGUUUCUUCUGCUGAAGAUUGGUCCUACAUAAGCAAUUUUUCUCUCCAUCGGCAACACCACGGCAGUGGCAACAUUCAGAUGCUUCAAGAAGUUGCGUAUCAUUUCAAGCUUCCCCAGAGCACAGAUCCUGUAAAGAGGUUCAAAGAUACAAUUUACCUCACUCAGGUGAUGCAGGCUCAGUGUACAAAGACAGAAACUGAAUUCUAUCGUGCUAGUCAAAGUGAAAUAAUCAAGGGAGAAGGACACACAAUGGGAGCUCUGUACUGGCAACUCAAUGACAUUUGGCAGGCACCUUCAUGGGCCUCCUUGGAGUAUGGUGGUAAGUGGAAACUGCUCCAUUAUUUUGCCCAGAACUUCUUUGCACCACUGCUGCCUGUGGCCUAUGAAGACCAAGGUGUGUUGUACAUUUACGGUGUCUCAGAUCUUCAUGAGGACCAGAAGCUGACUUUGAGGGUCGUUGUGCACACCUGGAGUUCUUUGGAGCCAGUAUGUACCCUUGCCAAAGAAGGUGUGAUUGUUAAAGCACAAAGUGCUGUCACCAUCUACAAGGAAUCCAUAAGUGAUGUUCUGGAAAGAUGCAGGAAUUGUACUAGGAAAAGCUGUGUUAUUACUUUCUAUCUUGUGGGAGAAGAUGGCCUCCAGAGUCCUACGAACCAUUUCUUCCUUUCAUCACCAAAGGAUGCUGUAGGAUUAGAAAAGACCCAGCUUAGUGCCUCUGUAUCCAAACAAGAUGAUAUUUAUGUAUUUGUUCUUCAGACCACUGCAAUUGCUCCUUUUGUUUCACUGGAUGUAGGGAGUAUAAAAGGCAGAUUUAGCGAUAAUGGUUUCCUCAUGACUGAAAAGAAGAAAGUGGUUGUGUUUUAUCCUUGGGAACCUACCAGUGUGGAAGAACUAGAAAAUUCACUAACCUUGACCUCUCUGUCGGAUGUUGUCUGAAAAUACCUCAUUUCCUUCUAGAUAAAGUGAAACAGGAGGAGAAGAAAAAUUAAAACAGUUUGACUGAAGUUGAAGGAACAUACAAUUUGAGCCAACUGGAGAACAUGCUACCUGUUCCUGUCAUAUGUGAAUUUUAACUGCUGGUUCAAUGUAAAGAUACCAGCAACAAAGCUUACAUAUAAUAUAUGUGGUGUCUUGAAAGUA